AUCGACAACUCACCUUGCUUUUUCAUCCCCUGCUUAUCACUCGCUUCUGGAGUUUACUUGCCGGACUGCUGCAUAUAUAUAUGUGCCAGUAUCGUAUCGUUGGAAGAAACGCCACAAUGUCUUAUCAGCUCAGGUCCAUUUAUGUUGGUGGGGAACAAGCUGGUAACCCCUCCAAUACUUCGAGACAAAACAUUAGUGUUUGUUGUACCUAUCUACGAUCAAGCAAAAUUAAGUCUUGGGUGUCUUGCUGAUUGAUUACCUUGGUUUGAACCAACUAAUCCACAACGGUCGACCGUCUAUUUUCACUGCUCUAGUAAGCUCAGUGUUACGGG